AUGUCCGUAGCGGAACCCACGCAUGCCCCAGAGGUCGCCCUCAUGCCCGAGUCAAAGAUCCUCGGGCCCUUCGCACAUUACGACAUUGUCCCGAUCGACACUGCCUCUCCCAGCUUCCAGACUUCCAAAGCCAUCUAUCAAAAGGCCAAAAGCAAAGCAGUCGACCACCUGGGUGGGGUAAUUCCCGCGCACGUUCUUCAGACUAGAAGCACGCCGAACCCCAUCGACACGCCGAAGACCAGCUGGGCAAGGAGUUUCUCCGUGAUGAGUCAGGUGCAGGGACCGGUACCCGCGAACUCUGCCGUCUUUGAAUGUGAACGUUAA